AGCGAAAACAAGAAGAGAGUGAAAGAAGCGAAAAUCCCGGGUAUGUGUGCAUCACGUUAGAAAGGCGUGAUGGAGUAAAUCCAUUGACAAUGUUCGGAGCUUAACCGAAUGUCGUUCCUGUAUUCCUUCAUAUAUUAUUUAUUUUGAAUGUAAUAGCAACAAAACAUGUCUUUUAAGCAUUAUUAGACAGCUGAAUAAGUACAGAAAGAAAAAAGAAGAGCAAGCAGAAAAAACAAAAUGGAUAUGUUUAACAAAUUGAAAACAGUUGUGAGCAACGCUUUGCCUGGAAAUCCAUUAUCAAGGGAUUUUGAACUGUUAAAUCAGAUUGCCAGCGCUGGGCCUGGUUUGUUAUGGAAGGUGUACAAUGGUGUGAAGAGAACAACCAAGCAGGAGGUAGCUAUAUUUGUAUUUGAGAAAAGAUUACUUGAACGAUACUCCAAGCGAGACCGUGACAUCAUCACUGAUGUCUUAAAGAGAGGCGUGUCUCAGCUGACACGGUUACGGCAUCCAAGAAUUCUUUCUGUUUUGCAUCCUUUGGAAGAGUCACGAGAAAGUUUAGCAUUUGCUACAGAACCAAUAUUUGCAAGUCUUGCCAAUGUUGUGAAGUAUUAUCAGAAUUUGCCGGCACCCCUACCAAAGGAGCUAGAAGAACACAAGCUGUAUGAGGUGGAAAUAAAAUAUGGUCUGCUUCAGCUUGUUGAAGCAUUGACCUUCUUGCACAACGAUGUCAGUAUGAUGCACCAUAACAUCUGUCCUGAAUCAAUCAUCGUAAACAAAAACGGGGCCUGGAAACUCAGCGGAUUUGAAUUCUGCAUUUCCAGUAACAACAAAUCUAGUCAAAAUUUUGAUUUUCAAGAAUGGGAAAUUGAUUAUCCGCCUAUUUCCCAACCUAAACUGGAUUAUUUGGCUCCAGAAUAUUCUUUAACGAUGACCUGCAGCCCGGCAAGUGAUAUGUUCUCUCUUGGAAUGCUUAUCUACACUGUAUGCAAUAAUGGUAAAUCUUUAUACGAAUGUAAUGAUGAGUUGAGGCAGUUUAAAGCCAAUAUUGUAGAACUGCGACAUCUAACCCCUUCGCGGCUGGGAUGUUUAUCUGAGGAGGUCAGGGAGCAUGUGAAGCUGCUGUUGAACACAGAACCAUCAGUGAGGCCGGAUGCAAACCAACUAACAAAGAUUCCAUUUUUUGAGGAUGUUGGAUCUAUGACUCUACAGUACUUAGACACAUUAUUUCAAAGAGAUAACCUACAGAAAUCUAAAUUCUUUAAAGGUUUGCCAAAAAUAAUUGCCAAGUUACCAAAGCGAGUUAAUCAGCAACGCAUCUUGCCGCCAUUGUUCAGUGAAUCGGUCAACCCUGACAUGAUACCAUUUGUACUUCCAAGCAUUCUUUAUAUCGCAGAGCAAUCAACAGAAAAGGAAUAUGUGACGCUUAUCUUUCCUGAAAUUAUUCCAAUGUUUAAACUCCAGAAGCCUGUUCAAAUCCUCCUGAUAUUCCUGCAGAAUAUGACUUUACUUCUCAGUAAAACAAGUUCUUCAGACAUCAAGAAUCAUGUUUUACCCAUGGUUUACCAUGCUUUAGAAUCUAAUGAUCCCCAAAUUCAGGAACUUGUUCUCAAUAUCAUACCUACUUUUGCUAGUCUUAUUGAAUAUACGUCCCUGAAAAAUUGUAUAAUACCAAGGAUCAAGAAAAUGUGUUUAGCCACAUCAAGCCUUUCGGUACGAGUUGGAUGCCUUGUGUGUAUUGGUAAACUUCUGGAAUACAUGGAUAAAUGGUGCGUGCUGGAUGAAGUGAUUCCGUUGCUGCCUCAAAUACCGUCUCGAGAACCUGGAGUGCUUAUGAGUAUUUUAGGAAUCCUGAAGGUGACAUUUUCCCAUCCAAAAUUAGGAUUUACAAAAGAAAUUCUGGCCACAAAAAUCAUUCCAUUCUUAGUACCUUUGUGCAUUGAAAAUAAUUUAAAUCUGAACCAGUUUAGUGCCUAUAUUACCAUUGUGAAGGAGAUGAUCAGCAAAGUGGAAAAUGAACAGAAGGGAAAGCUGGAGCAGUUGAAUUCAAUGCAAGAGGAACAAAAGACAAUAGACAUUAGCAAGGUGAAUGUUCCUGAUGAGAAAAAUCUGCUGCCCGAAUUGAUUUCUCCUUCAAGCAAUACAUUGAGCGAAAGGGAUAACAGUAAGAUGGAUAAAUUCAUUUCUGGUUAUGGCCUCAACUCUUUGUUGACAGCACCUGCUAAAAGCCCAACUGUUAGCCCUUGUCUAGAAAAUCCGACAGAAAAAUUAAACAGUGAGACAACUCCUAGAAUCUUUAAUCAGCCAACAAAGGUGAGUCUAAGCAUGGAAGAGAAACAGAGGUUGGCACGAGAGCAGGAACAACAAAGCAUCUACAAGAAACAAAGUAUGCUUGUCCCUAAAACAAACCCUGAUCAUGAAAAGAGUGCUAAUUGUGGUAGUCAAAGCUCAAGUUACCAUAAACCCAAAGACCUUACCUCAACACUACUCAACAACAACCUAAACCAACUCCAACAUUCUGGUCCAUUAAACAACUCCUGGAGCAUGGCUCAGUCAAAUAUGGCUUGCUCAUCCUUUGGUGCUUCUUCCUUGUCAGGUGGUGGUGGUGGAGGCAUGCCUAUGCAGAGAACUAACCCCAUUGUACCCCUGAACCAGUCAAAGCCUGCUGCUAACAAAUCUGUGGACCUUUCAGCUUUUGACAAUCUUUUGUCACCAUCUUCAUCCCAAAUGAAACCCUCGUUAAAUCAGAUGGCUCAGAAGACUUCAACCACAAGUGGCAUGAAAGCUGGCACCAUGGGCUUUAUGCCGACUGGUUCCAGCACAGGCAUUGCAAUGAGGGGCAAUGUUGGCACAAUGCUAAACCAACCACCAGCCAUGAUGACACAUCCACAGGUUAUGAUGAAUCAAGGCAUGAGAGUCAGUGCACCCAUGGUGGCACCUGGCUUUCAAGGUAUGGCACUCGGCAACACAAACAUGACUGCUGUCAAUCACAACCAGUUCACUAAUGCCAAUUCAGGACAGCAGCAGCUGCAAAAUGGUUUCCCAUCAUCAAACUCUGCUGGAAAUGAACUGGAUGACCUUUUCGGCUGAGUAUAUAUUAAUAUUUCCCAAGUGAGUUUUAGGGGACCAGAUGUUCAGCCCAACUACUGAUCUAAGGCACAAAGGCAGUUGCCCCCUGCUCCACUUCCCCUGGAUGAUUGCUAAUUGUCAAGUGUAUGACUUCUGGCUUUUAAGCAAAGGCUGUAAACUGGUUUUAAGUUGAGUGUGCAUAGAAAUUAUCAUUUCAUAAGUAGCUCAAUACCACACUGUCAUACACUUCAAUUUACAAAAAUUGAAAAGAAAAGCAACUUAAACCUCUUUAGUGUUAAGUUAUUAGUUUUCUCAUUAAAGUACUUAUGGCCCUUCCAUGCAAACCCAAGUCACUCUUUAGCCAAUUGUUUAAUAAUUAAUAUGAUGGCUUUGUUACUGAUCCACUGACUCGAAGCAAACUGGAUCAGCUUUUAAACAGUUGCCAAGACAACAGCAAAACCUGCAUUUGUUGAAGCUGUCUCCAUUCUUAAAAGUUUAAAUUUUUAUUCAGUUCCCAUUUACUGUUUGGGCUUCCACUGAACAGGUCUUUAAUUGCCCACCUCAGGACUCCUAUUUUAAUAUGCAGUUUAUGGUUCAGUAUAUAAUAGUAUUCCUUGUCCCCCCAGUAGGAUUCUUUGUUCAAACAUUUCCUUUAUGAACAAUCAACUGUUCUUCCUUACAUUCCAUACUUUUUUUUGUUCAGUCUGAAUCCAUCAUCUACACAAGUACCUUGUUUUGCUUUUGUACACACUGGAAGUUAUAAAUUUAUCCCAAAAGGAUUUGUAAAUUUAGGCUUUCAUUUGUAGCAUUUGAAACAUUGACCAUUUUACAAAGUGAGAAUUCUAAAUAUCUGAAAAUCUUUAAUGGUUUUUAAUUUUUGGUUUAGACGUAGUUAAAAAGAAAAAAAAUCUAAAUGCUGGGAGGGAGGCAGAGUUGGAAUGCUUUCAAGUUAGGCCUAAACAGAUAUAAAAGGACCGUCAUCUAAAGGAUUUCUGUCACUUUCUGUAAAUGUCUAUGAAAAGAAACAUUCAAAAUAUUUUCAGAUAUUAGAAGGGUUUAAUGUGGACUAAGUUUUACUAAUGAAAAUUAACUUGAGGGAUUCUUAAUAUUUUAAUGAAGCCAACUAAAACAGUCACUGUUAAUCCUGAAAACAUCAGAUUUAAUCACCCUGUCAUUUAGCCCAUAUUUUCUCUCUAGGUUUCCACUCAGUUCCAAUUUGUGAUAAAUAUUUUCUCUUAAACAAUCUGAUAUUUUUUCUAUAAAGGAUGCAAUUGAGAAAAUUUAUAAUUCGUUUCCAGUCCCUUGUGCAAAUUGUCAUUUUAAAGACACCAUCUUAUCACUACAAAAUCUUCAGUCGAAAUAUUUUCAUUGUACAGAUUUACUCAGUUCAGCGUCCUUUCCUCUAUAAUGAAUUUUCACUCUCGUGAACUGCAGCAGCCCCUACCAAUAAGUUAUUCCAAACUAAUUUAUUCCCUUUGUCAACUGGAUAAAGAAGACUGCGUGCAAAUAGAUUGCUCAAUAAAACUAACAAAAGUCUGACACAGGCAAUACAAUUAUUAAAGUCAAACAUCGAUGCUUUUGAGGUACAAAGCAGCUACGACCUCAGAAGUUUCCUUUAAACCUCAAUGUUUGAAGCCAGAGCAGAAGUUUGAAACUUUGGCGUACAAUAAGAAGGCUACGAUGAAAUCAUUGAAAGUUUAUAAAUUAAUAAGGACAGCUUCAAAAUAGCAGUCUUGGGUUAUUCCAAUAAACUAAAUUAUUUUCCACAUUGUCGGCUGAGGUUUUAUUUCAGACAAGUAAUAUAACCUUGAGACAAAAAGGACAUCACAAAAUUAGUAUUUUGUGUAAUGUUGGUUAUAUUUUAAAUGUGAAUUUAUUAAUAUUUAGCUUGGAAACUGACAGGUGCAAUUCCAGUAAUGUGCAGUUUAUAGAAAUUACAAGAGCUCUGUUCUUGUUCCGUUAAAAAUUUAAUCGAAAUUGUAAAACCAGUCUUUCAGUUAUUGCAGUUGGGUGCCCUGAAUGUUCCUUGCCUGUUUGUAAAUAUUAAUUCUUUAACUUUAAUGGCAUCAAUAAAUAUUUGUGCUGCAGAAAUUUA